GUUACGCAGGAGCCGCCGCCAGCACUGACAGCACUUGGCAGAAGGGGUUUGCCCGAGCGCUCCCGGAGCAUCUCCAGAGGCGCGGCGGCAGCGCCUGUUUGGCUCACCGGGAGAGCCGGCCCAGAGCCGGGGAGCCGGGCCAGAACCAGAGAAAGGCUGAGAGCCGGGAAGCAGAAAAACACCUAGAAUAAUACGAAUAAUACUACUACUAAUAAUAAAGAGUGGUGGGCAGGAAAAGGAGGUCGUGGGGGAAGCAGAGGGUGAGCAGAAGGCGCGCCUCCGAGGAGGUGCCCGGGCAAGGGGCACGAGCGGCCCCUCGCCAGGGCAGCCGGCAGGCCCCUGUGCCCCGGGGCGGCCGUCGGGGCAGCGACAGCACGUGGUGGCGGCGGGGCAUGGCCCCCGCAGGGGCUCCCGGGGCCUGAGCCGCCCCCGCCGUCAGCACCAUGGCGGACGCCACUGACUCCGGCCUCGACGUGGCGGCGGUGGAAAGUUUCCUAGAGAGGCACCCGGAGCUGGUGGAGAAGUGGCUGAAGAGGAAGAACUCGCUUCCUAAAGCGCCUGCCGCCCCCGCCGCCGGCCCGUCGGAGGAGCGCCGGAGCAGCGGCGGCCCCGGCAGCGCCUGGGGCAGCGCGGGCGGCCCCGGCGGCCCCGGCGGCGGGGGGCUGCAGCGGCGAGCCUCCCAGAAAGAGCUGCGGAAGAGCUUCGCCCGUUCCAAGGCCAUCCACGUCAACCUCACCUACGACGAGCAUGUGCACGCCCGGGCGCAGGAGCCGCUGAGCAGCGUGCGGCGGCGGGCGCUACUGCGGAAGGCCAGCUCCUUGCCCCCCACCACCGCUCACAUCCUCAGCGCCCUCCUGGAAUCCCGCGUCAGCCUGCCCCAGUACCCCCCCACCGCCCUGGACUACAAGCGCUACCUCAAGGAGCACAACGAGCGCCAGUUCUUCCUGGAGCUGGUCAAGGACAUUUCCAACGAUCUGGACCUCACCAGCCUCAGCUACAAGAUCCUAAUCUUCGUCUGUCUCAUGGUGGACGCCGACCGGGGCUCUCUCUUUCUCGUGGAGGGGGCCGCCGCCGGCAAAAAGAGCUUGGUCUCCAAGUUCUUCGACGUGCACGCCGGCACCCCGCUGCUGCCUUGCGGGUCCACCGAGAACAGCAACGAGGUGCAGGUGCCCUGGGGCAAGGGCAUCAUCGGCUACGUGGCGGAACACGGCGAGACGGUCAACAUCCCCGACGCCUACCAGGAUCGCCGCUUUAAUGAUGAGAUUGACAAGCUGACUGGAUACAAGACAAAGUCACUCUUGUGCAUGCCCAUAAGGAACAGUGAUGGAGAGAUUAUUGGUGUUGCCCAAGCAAUAAAUAAGACUCCUGGAGGUGCCCCUUUUUCAGACGAUGAUGAAAAAGUGAUGCAGAUGUAUCUCCCGUUCUGUGGCAUUGCCAUAUCCAAUGCCCAGCUAUUUGCAGCUUCAAGGAAGGAAUAUGACAGAAGCAGGGCUUUACUGGAAGUAGUGAAUGACCUCUUCGAGGAACAGACUGACCUAGAGAAAAUUGUCAAGAAAAUUAUGCAUCGGGCCCAGACUCUGUUGAAGUGUGAACGGUGCUCAGUAUUACUUCUUGAAGAUAUCGAAUCACCAGUGGUGAAAUUUACAAAAUCCUUUGAGUUGUUAUCUCCAAAAUGCAGUGCUGAUACGGACAACAGUUUCAAAGACAGUGUGGAGAAAUCACCAUCUUAUUCAGACUGGCUAAUAAAUAAUAGCAUUGCUGAACUCGUAGCUUCCACGGGUCUCCCGGUAAACAUCAGUGACGCCUAUCAGGAUCCUCGCUUUGAUGCUGAAGCUGACCAGAUUUCUGGCUUUCACAUAAGGUCUGUUCUGUGUGUUCCUAUAUGGAAUAGCAGCCACCAAAUAAUAGGGGUAGCUCAAGUGUUGAACAGGCUUGAUGGGAAACCCUUUGAUGAUGCUGACCAGCGACUGUUUGAAGCUUUUGUUAUUUUUUGUGGACUGGGCAUCAAUAACACGAUUAUGUAUGACCAAGUGAAGAAGUCCUGGGCAAAACAGUCUGUAGCUCUUGAUGUGUUGUCUUAUCAUGCAACAUGUUCGAAGGCAGAAGUUGAUAAAUUUAAGGCAGCAAAUAUCCCUCUGGUGUCAGAGCUUGGCAUUGAUGAUAUCCAUUUUGAUGACUUCUCGCUUGAUGUGGAUGCCAUGAUUACUGCAGCCCUGAGGAUGUUCAUGGAACUUGGAAUGGUUCAGAAAUUUAAAAUUGACUACGAGACGCUGUGUAGGUGGCUUUUGACAGUGAGGAAGAAUUACCGAAUGGUUCUGUAUCACAACUGGAGGCAUGCUUUCAACGUCUGCCAGCUAAUGUUUGCCAUGUUAACUACUGCAGGAUUUCAGGAGAUUCUAACUGAAAUUGAAAUUUUAGCUUUGAUUGUGGGAUGCUUAUGUCACGACCUUGACCACAGGGGAACCAACAAUGCCUUCCAAGCCAAGAGCGGAUCAGCCUUAGCUCAGCUCUACGGCACCUCUGCUACCUUGGAGCACCACCAUUUCAAUCAUGCUGUCAUGAUUCUCCAAAGUGAGGGUCACAACAUCUUUGCUAACUUGUCCUCUAAGGACUACAGUGACCUUAUGCAGCUUCUAAAGCAAUCGAUAUUGGCAACAGACCUCACUCUGUAUUUUGAGAGAAGGACCGAGUUUUUUGAACUUGUCGGUAAAGGUGGUUAUGAUUGGAAUAUAAAAAACCACCGAGAAAUAUUUCGAUCAAUGCUAAUGACAGCCUGUGACCUUGGAGCUGUGACCAAACCGUGGGAGAUUUCAAGACAGGCGGCUGAGCUGGUAACCAGUGAGUUCUUUGAACAAGGAGACAGAGAAAGAUCUGAACUCAAACUCACCCCUUCGGCCAUUUUUGAUCGGAACAGGAAAGAUGAACUACCCAGGUUGCAGCUCGAGUGGAUUGAUAGCAUCUGCAUGCCAUUGUAUGAGUGUCUGGUGAAGCUGAAUGUGAAACUGCAGCCUAUGCUGGACUCAGUGGCAGUGAACAGAGGUAAAUGGGAGGAGCUGCACCAAAAAAGACUUCCUUCUCAGGCAGACACCUCAUCCUCCUUUUCCUCUAGCUUUACUAUGUCUCUCAAAGACAUAAAUUAAGCCUGCAAAUGUCAGUGUCGCUUUACAGUAAGAGCUGUCUGAAACGUUUUCACAAGCUUAGGCCCACCAUUUUCUAAGAAAUGCUUUCACAGACACGCUUAAUUGAUUGGAUAUUAUCUUGACGGCAGCACAUUUUGCUUUUACUGGGAGGUUUAGUGGGACUGAAAGGAAGGGCUUGCGGUGAGACUGCGCUGCUAUCUGGAGCAACACGGAAGAUUUAGCACAAGAAGCAUUCAUUCAGCUCCACUACAUUUCAACUGCUGCUGUAAAAAUCUGUAAAGCUGACAACAGACUGAAAUAUAAGAACUUACAGCUUAAUAAAAUUAAUAAUACAGAGCAGAACUGGGAUGCAAGCUGGUCAAUUCAUAUGCAAGAAGCUGCAGGAAAACAGAAUAGUAUGUAAUUACAUUGUUGUUUUGCAUCUCUUCAGUAAUGUUAUGAAUCAAUUAUGCCUGCUUUUGCGAUGUUCCUCAUUUUCCCCCCUCUUUUAUGCCUGAAUGUUCUGAAAAGCCUGCUUUGUAUUCUAAAGAAGUAUUUUUUUACAACAAAGCUUCUUAGUGAUUGAUCAGGGCCUUUAGAAUUGCCUACCUUUGCUACAUUUAAAAACAAACUUUAUAAUCUUUAAAAACACUAACCUGUCCCUGCUUCCCUGAAAAAUUUAUAUUAACAAUGCAGUAAAUUUCUCAGCAAGGGGAAGUUUGCAUAAAUGCAAAAUAUUGCAUGGUAAUUUUAGAGGUUUUUUUCUUUUAAAAAAUGCUCCUUUAACAAAUUGAUUUUUUUUUUCAAUUACAGUGUCCCCUAAGGAAAAGAUUAAUGGUCUUUAAUGAAAAUAGAAUACAAAUUAAAAAAAAAAAAAAAAAAAAA